AAAUGGCGGCAGCAAAAAGAAAAUUAGUAUUCGAUUCUCCAAACGAAUCAUCAGUAAACUUCGAAACGUCUCCCAAUUUUCCGAAAGAGUGGAAAAUUGACGGAAUGGACAUUGAAAACCGAAUCAGAAAUUUCCGCGAUGAGCUGCAGGCACAAGGAUUAUGCCCCGUUGGGAGUGCUGGAAUCGAUCCGAAAUCCAAGUUCCGCACAGAAUAUCGGCGUAUUGUCAAUGCUAACACAAUUCUAACCGACGUGCUUCGUCUUCAACAGAAAGAGGGCGAGUGGUUGAAAAAUGCCAGUGGACUUUUGGAGUAUGAUAUUCAGUCCCUUCAUGCUCGACGCGAUCACCUUGACAAUGCCGUGGAGCAGUUGAAGAGCCAAUUGAGCCGGCUUGAUUCGAGCGUCGCAAUUCUGAAAUCCCAACAAAUGGCCGUGAAGAGUGUUUUGGAGUUGAGAGAGGACGAAUAUCUCGCUGAUGAUGCGGAUUCCAAUUUGCCUGAUGAAUUUUUGAAAUUUAGCAAAAUCAGCAAGUUAUGUGCCGCUUCUCUCCAAUCGUACGAAAAUGUAAAAAAACGAAACGAAGAAAUGCAAAAAGAGCUGAUUGCCGAACGAAAUCGGCAACGAAAGCUUCACGACGCGACAAUGAAAAUGAUGGAAGAAAAGGAAAGGGUUCGAGUUGAACAGUUGGAAGAUUUGUUCAAAGACUUCUCAUUGGAACAACUUACACGGCUCAGGGAUCGAAUUCGUCAGGCACAAAAAUAAAAUUUUUUUUUUUUUCGUUUUGCCCUGUGAUCUACUUUAAGUUUUUAGUAUCGUGUUUUUAAUGUGCCAUAUAAAUUAUAGCGUUGUGUGUCAGUAUUUUAUAAGUUUUCAGAAAAGGAACAGGAUCAAUGGGUUCCUGUAACUGACUGAUCUUAUUUUUAUUUUCAUCGAAAGUUCCUAUUUAUAAAGUAUUCAGUAAUUUU